AUGUCGUUCCCUGGACGCAGGCCCCAGGCCCUGGCCUCCCUCUGCUGCUGCGUUCUGGUCCUGGCCUGUGUUGUGGUGAAGGAGCAAGAAGGGCCGAAGAGGACCCUGAGCCCCCCGCCAGCGCCAGCCAGGAGUUCCUGGAGCCUGGUUCCAGGCAAGGUGAAGGAAUGGGUGGAACCGCUGGUGAACAGGACCAGAGAGAAGUGGAAGUGGUUCUGGGGCCCCACGGCCUUCCGGGGCUUCAUGGAGACCUACUACGAUGACCACCUGAAGGACCUGGGCUCUCGCGCCCAGGCCUGGCUCCGCAGUUCCAAGGAUAGCCUCCUGAACAAGGCCCACAGUCUGUGUCCUCAGCUGCUCUGCAGGCCCAGCGACCAAAAUUAA